GGGGUUAAGCCGCAAACUAAAACCACAAAGCUCCUGCGCUGGAUUCGGCUUCUCUCUUCCUGGCGGCGAUGCUCCGUUUUCCGUCGCUAGGGUUCCGGCGUGCUCUUCUAUGAUCCCGGUGCAACGGGCCUUUCUUAGCCGAGCCAUCGCUGCAAGACUCUUUCCCUCGCGCACCUCCCUUCGCUUCAACUCCUCAAUCCUCUCGCUGGUUGAGCCACCCAACUACUCCAGUGACGACGUCGAUAGAGACGCCACCGAUAAGCUUCCCGACGCAAAGUUUCGCUCUUGCUGCCCCGGAGUGCCCCGAGCGGGCCUCUUCCUCCUCGUCUCCGUCGUGCAGAGGACCCUCGACUGGACCACGGUCCGAGAAAUUAGAUUCGCUGAGGCGGCAGGCGCGUACGGCUUCCCGCAUGCGGUGGAGGCUUUCUCGAUGCUCAUGGGGGUUUUCUCGUCGGCGGGAAUGCAACGGGAGAUUAGGCUGUUGCUAGCUGGGGUUCUGAGCUUCGUUAGGAAUGUGGAUUGCGACUUGUUGGUGGUGCUAUCAGCAGUAGUGCUGCAUGCUGGUGGUUCUCUGAGCUCUCUCAAUGUAUAUGGGACUGCUAUCCUUCUUCUAGCAGAAGACUCCAUGAUCGAACAUGCACUAGAAGUCUACUUUGAAGCGAAAAGAAUGGGGCUUCCGAUUGGAGCUCCCUUAUCUAACCUUUUGCUCAAAGUUUUGGUCAGAAGCAAUAAUUCCGAAAUGGCAAAGGAUUUAUUUAAUCACAUGAAAAUCUGCGGACCGAAGCCAAAUGUUUAUAGUUACACUAUCAUUAUGUAUAUGUAUACUACCCAAGAUAUCUUGGACAUAAAUGAAGCUAGUAAAAUUCUUGAUGAAAUGGAAAUGGAAGGUGUGAAGCCAAAUGUAGUGACAUAUGAUACGUACAUCAGGGGGCUUUGUCGAGCAGGAGAUGUUAAGUCUGCAAAGGAAUUUCUUCAGGACUUGCAGUCCAGAGACUUGCCAUGCAAUACCAAUUGUUAUAAUGCUCUGAUACUUGGUUUUUGUAGGGAGGGUGAGUUGGAGAAAGCUUUGUCAGUAGUUCAGGAGAUGAAAGAACGUGGACCAAAGCCAGAUGUACAUAGCUACAGCAUUCUCAUUGAUGGAUUUUGCAAAAGUGGAGAUGUUGCGAAGGGCUCUAAUCUUCUUGAAGAAAUGUUAAGCAAUGAGAUCACGCCGACGAUGGUUAGUUUUAGUUCACUACUUCAUGGUUUGUGCUUGAAAGGUGAGAUGGGAUGUGCAUUAAGUCUCUUCAAUCAACUGAGUGGCCAAGGCUAUGCACAUGACUUAAUUUCCUAUGGGAUCCUCAUUGAUGGAUAUUGCCAACUUGGGGAUUUGGAUGGUGCUUCUAGGCUUUGGCAACAGAUGAUUCAAAGCAAUUUUGUCCCAGAUGCUCAUAGUUACACGAGUAUAAUAUUUGCUCACUGUAGAAAUGGGUGCUUGAAAGAAGCAUUAGAGCAAUUUGAAUUCAUGCUUUACAGCGGUGUGAUGCCUAGUGUUGUAACAUGUACUCUGAUAGUUGAUUUAUUUUGCAAGCAGCAUAGAAUGUUAGAUGCUUUUGCUUUCCUUGACAAAAUGAAUGAAUGGGGAAUUGUUCCAAAUAUAUUUAUGUUCUCAGUCAUCCUUAAUGGACUAUUCAAGGAAGGAAAAUCAGUGUACACGUGGGGUGUUCUGGGAUCAAUGAUAAAGAAAGGGAUUGUUUGUGACGUAGUUAUCUAUUCCAUACUUAUUGAUGGUCUAAUUAAAUCAUCAAAGCUUGAGGAGGCACUGAAGCUGUUUGCAGGAAUGUCAAAGGUGGGUUUGGUGCCAAAUAUCUUUGUAUACACCAUCAUUAUCAAUGGGCUUUGCAAGAUUGGUAGGCUACCUGAAGCAUUGGGUUUGUUCGAAGAAAUGAUUAUAAAGGGGUUUAUUCCUGAUAGGAUUGUAUAUACAUGCUUGAUUGAUGGUUACUGUAGUCGCAAAGAUAUGAAGAAAGCUUCUGAGUUGUUCGACAAAAUGGUGCACAGUGGUCUUGUGCCUGAUGCUCAUGCAUACACCUGCCUCAUUGAUGGAUAUAGCAAGAUUUUUAUGAUGGAAACUGCAAUUGCUUUGCUAGAUGAUAUGCUGAAAAUGAAUCUCUGUCCUACUGUAGUAACCUAUAGUGUGAUAAUUAAUGGAUAUCGUAAAUUGGGUGAUUGGGAUAAAGCUUAUGAGAUAUAUAAGAUAAUGUUAAAUCAAGGCAUUUCUCCUGAUUCAGUCAUGAAUUUGUCGGAGAUUUCAAGUUUUAGCACUUGAAUGGUUACUUGAGGAACUAUAUCUCAUGUAUCAUUUUGAGAUCCUGCAAACUGGUGGAUAAAAACAAUCGCUAAUGCCUUCCAGUCAAAAAAAGAUAUCACUUAUUGCCCCCAUUCAAGGGAAGUUGAUGCAGCUAAUAAGCUGAUAUUAUUUAGAUUGGUAGUGGUGAUAUCUUACUUUUCUUUACAACAAGCAAAGUUGGUGGAUGAAUUACCACUGCAAGAGGAAGCAAGAUGCUUUGUUGUAGAUAAUUGGGUAACAUGCAGCAAAAGUCUAGGAAGACAGAAGUCAGUAUCUUUCAGAAAUUGCAGGUUAAUGGUUUCCGGUUUGACCUCAUGGGACAUAUUAUGAAGAGCACUAUGGUGAAAGCAAAGAGUACUCUUCAAAGCCUGUCUAAAGACAAGGAUGGGGUAGAUGGUUCAAUGAUAUAUAUGGUAUCCCUUUUUUCAUUGUGGGGAUGAGAUUUUGCGGUCAAAGUCACUUGAUCGUGAUUCAUACAAUUCUGGUGAUUGGUUUAACAGACUUGACUUCACUUAACAAGCGAACAAUUGGGGCGUUGGACUUCCUCCACGAGAAAAGAACUAAUAUAAUUGGCCACUAAGUUCUUACAGCAUUUUAAUCGAAAUAUGGAUCAAACCAAGGUUAGCAAACCCAUCAUUCAAGCCUCAGAAACAUCACAUUCUUGCAGCUGUUGAUAACUUUGUAGACCUACUAAAGAUCAGAUAUUCUUCUCCACUCUUUCGUUUGAGAACUGCAAAUGCCAUUCAAGUAAGGCUACUGACUUAAAUCGAGUAUAGUCACUUUCCUAAUCGAGGAUAUGUAAACUCAAUAGGAAGGUCAACAUUUUUCUGUUUCUUGUACCUGAUAUGUAACUAACUGUGCUGAAAGGUCCAGUUGUUUACAACUGAUAUUACUUA